UACUUGGAUUGAAUUUGUUGUUACUUGUGUGUUCAGGACUCUGCGUGCCUUCUUCCGUCUUACUGCUGAUUGGAUUAUGUGUGGAUAGUAAAAUGCUUCUGUUACCAUGGAUACUGUGUACAGCAGCGACAACACUAAUUCACAUCACUUUAUCUCUGUACCUCUUCUGUGACGCUGUAUACUGUCUUUUGUGUGUCGUAUCUCAGUAUCAAGAGUAUGUAGCCGGUAGAGGGCUACCGGAACAGACGAUAGUUGUUGGGACGGCCUCAAGUGUACGACCUCACAACCCAUUUCCACGACGAGACCCUUCAAAAGUACCCGUGACCCCGCUGAAAGACCACCUGGUGGCGACCUAUUCCAACAGUCUUCGUCAAGAGGAUUCGUGUACAGAAGACUCAUCCUCCAAGGUCAAUAUUUACAGUGAAACCAGUUGUUUCUCAGAAGAGGACCAAUCGGUCAACCCUGUUCACACUUAUUUAUCCAAUUCGUGCCCUUAUCACCCUGAUACCGCCCAAUCAGUCAGUUUCCCUUUGUGAAGCUUGCCCAAAACCUCCUUGAUCGGGGCCAUGUCACAUUUGUUCAGGAGAACCUUCGAGCCCGUCCACUUUGCAGUACUGAUUACGACAUUUAAGUGAACAAAA